AUGACUAAACCCAUGACUACACCCACCACCACAACUACACCCAUGACUACACCCACCACCAUGACUAAACCCAUAACUACACCCACCACCACAACUACACCCACGACUACACCCACCACCAUGACUACACCCACAACUACACCCACCACCACAACUACACCCACAACUACACCUACAACUACACCCACCAUAACAACUACACCCGCCACCACGACUACACCCACAACUACAACUACACCCACAACCACGACUACACCCACAACUACAACUACACCCACCACCAUGACUACACCCACAGCUACAACUACACCCACAACUACACCCACCACCAUGACUACACCCACAACUACUACACCCACAACACCUGCAAUGACAGCCACAACUACACCCACGACACCAGCACCAACAACUACAACCAGCACCACAUCCAGCAGCGAAGCCACUGAAGCAGCGCUUAACGAGUCAGAAUCACCCGAGAUGCUGGAACCCGUCACUAUGACGACCGCAUCCACUACCAUGGCAACCACACAGUCCUCCUCCACUAAAAGCAGCAGCACUAAAGCGCCACGGACAGCCAUCAAACCCAACCGACCCAAGAAACCCAGCAAACCCUCGAGACCAGAGACGCAUUCAGUGAAGCCCGUCAGAUUCACGAUGAUCCCGGCGAGCAGCACACCUGCAACUACAACUACAACCAUGACACCUGCAACUACAACCACAACCACAACCACCACACCUACAACUACAACCACCACACCUGCAACCACAACUACAAGCACAGCAGCGGUGAUUGAGCUGGAGAGCGACCCAAAGCUCCAGGGUUUCACUCGUGAUCAUCCCGUUCUGUCUCUUCCGGGGAAGCCCAAGGUGUCUCGAGUGAUGUGGAAGAACAGCCUGGUGGCCAUCGUGGUGAUCACGCUCAUCUUCCUCACACUCAUCCUCUCUCUGGCGGCCCGUAAAGCCAUGGAGUCGUUCGACAGACGCCACUACACCAGACUGGAGCUCAACGACCUGCACUACGAGGUUUAAACACCACCGACACCACAGUCCAGUGGAGAGAUGUGUUUUCCUGUUAAUUCACUGGGAAAAAGCUUUGUGUUUUAAUAUUUAGGCUGUUUGGUGUAGACACUGAACGCUGUCGACGCUUCAUCUGUGAACAGAGAUUGAAGGAGAGAAAUCAAAAGCAAUACACUGAACUCAGGUGGAGUGAGAUGGUGAGCAUCACUCCUGCAAGUCGUUUCUUUGGCUCAUGUUUUGUUUUCUCUGGAGAAACACCGGUAAGAACAGGCUCAGCUGAGUUUCUUCACCUGUUUUCUGGAUCCAGAGCACAGAUCUCCUUCACUAAUGGAUGUGCACCUCUAUCAUGUGCUUUAUUUCAGCGAGAUCUCACAUGUGUUUCAUGUUUUCACUGUACCUGACCGAGCGGCGCGGUGUGAAUGUGUGUGUUUGUAAUUCACUGCGGUUUUUUGGAUGAUGACUGAACAGCAGCAUGAGAUUCAGAAAUCUGUCCGGUUCAUCCAGUUUGUUUUGAUCUUACUCUGCUUCGGUAUUUUCUAAUCUGUUAUUAUAUGUUUGUUGUUGGUAACUUUUUAGUGAGCCUUGGCUUUUACAGACACCUUGAGAUUAAUGUGAUUAUUUCUCUUGCAAGAAAUAAAAAUGAGUCUUUUUCAGUA